UCCUCGUUCAGAUGUCCAGAGGGAAACUGUGCAUCACAGAAGCGAGGUUCAUGCUGCACCUGGAACAUCAAGGGGAGUCGAGAUUGUUGAUAAUGAUGACCUGUCUGAUGCAUCGCCUAACAACAAUUAUGGUUGCCUGUCUACUCCUGAAGUUGCUAAAUUACAGGAAAACCUGCGAUCAAGUACUUUAGAGCUACAAAAAAAGGUGAAGGACCCUCUUCCUGAAGCCUUAGCUAUGGCCAAGAAUGUUGUGCCAAAACUAGAUUGUGUUGACAAGAGAAGUGAUGUAAUUCCUGCUGAGAACAAUAAUCUUGAAAAUGAAGGCAGGAAUGCAGCCAAGGCCAGCCUGAUGGAACGUAACAAAACUGCCUGUACUUAUGAGUGGGAUGAAUCUAGUGACGUAUCAGCUGAUGAAAGUAGACCUCACUUGUCCAGCCAUAAGACAAGACUGGUCACGCUGGAAAAACAUAAAAAUCCAAAACCUUUAAGGAGAAAACGCAAGUUUUGGAGUAACCUAGAGGAAGACACUUUAAGAGCAGGUGUGCAGAAGUAUGGUAUUGGAAACUGGAAGCUUAAUUUGGAUAUGUACAGGGAUAUAUUAAAUGAAAGAACCGAUGGUGAUUUGAAGGACAAGUGGAGAAAUAUGACCGCUUGAUGUUUUGAUCUUGGUUCUCUACUAUAAGUAUAUAAUAUAUGGUAUGAAAAAAGCCCACCUCAGAAAAUGGGUACUAUACUAUAUAAGUGAUGCUGAUUUAUCAAUCAACUAUAACAUAGUCUCCCUGAUCUUUUAUGUUAUAUUUUAGAUUAGCUACUAAAAGUCUUGUGUUUGGAUCUGGUUAGGUUUUGAUAUGCCUUUUUGAAUUUGUCUUGCAGUGUGAUGUUCAAAUCUGUUUCCUUCAAUCAAUUUACCCAUCUUGAUGCAACUAGUUCGGGCCUUAAGGCAUUUAGCGAUUGCCAGCUAGCAUUCAGUGUGUUCAAAUGUUAAAGGCUCUCAUGUAAGAUGAAACUGAAAUUCUCCAAAUUAUCAACUAGUGGUGCAUUAAAUUGGAGACUGUGAAACCUCUUUUGCGGGUCUCUUGUGAUUUCAGGUUAAUGUGUCACAUGUCCCUAAAUCCUGUAUUCAGUCUGAACCAUCCGGUUUCGUAGGCAUGCUAGUAAACUUUUGACUAGUUGUAUUUGCUCUAGUUUUGAUGUUUAUGCUUAAGGUCAUAUGUAUGUUAUUCAGUGACAUGGUUUGGAAUUUUGGAAGUCUCAGGAAUCUUGUAUCCAGUUUAAACUAUCUGGUUGCAUUUGCUCUGCUUUGAAUGUUUAUGCUCAAGGUGUAUAUUUUUUGGUGACAUGGCUUAGAUUUAU